UCUCAAGACUCGCUUCUGCUCUCUGACAUGUCCUCGGAAGAGCCUGAGAGCAGUCACGAUGAAACCAGCGAUGAAGCCGAUGAUGAGCUGUCAGACUCCGACUCCACUAAAGAAGCCCCUCCUAUGGCCCACAGCAUCACCGUCAAGCGGAUCGUUCGAAAAGCUAUCUCAGCCGCAUAUUCAACACGCUAUCAAGCUCCCCGGAAUAGGGAUAUGCGUGGCCCACCAUAUGUCCCUCAUGUUCUCAAAGUUCUCAAGCACCGCCGGCCAGACAAAUUCCGCAGAUAUCUUCGAGUCUCCCCAUACACAUUUGAUCGCCUUGUUGAAACCAUCGGGAAUGACCUGAUCUUCACCAACAAAUCUCAGAACUGUCAGCUCCCCAUCGACCUUCAGCUUGCUAUUACACUGCACCGCUUUGGACACGAUGGGAACGGUGUCUCCGUGCAGGGUGUUGCCGGCUGGGGCGGCAUAGCAGUGGGAACAGUUCUUCUGGUGACUCGUCGCGUCAUGACAGCACUCUUGCGCCCUGCAUUCAUGCAGGACGCUGUUUCUCUUCCAAGCCAAGAGGAGAAGGAACAAGCGAAGGCCUGGGUCGAAAAGCAUUCCUGCCGUGCCUGGCGAGAUGGCUGGCUCAUUUCCACAUCACUCAUGGUGGAUGGGACUCUUGUCAGCUUGUAUACCUGCCCAAAAUGGUACAGUGAAAGCUACUUUGAUCGGAAGUCUAACUAUUUUUUGAACAUACAGGUUGUCUCACUGCUGAAUCUACGCAUUGUGGACUUUGCAUACGGCCAUACUGGAAGCACGCAUGACGCUACUGCGUGGGAGCAGACACGGAUCUAUCAGGAGCAUGACGCUCUUCUGGAAGGGCAGGAGUUUGUAUGGGCAGAUUCAGCUUAUCCGAUUGCAUCGUGGGUUGUUGCACCUUACAAGAAG